CGUCAGCCCCCCCUCCCCCCCGGCCUGGUGUGAUUGGAUUGGAGGGAAGCUCCGGGUUCGGUAUUCACACAGAGGGACUGAGAGAAUCAGCUGUAGCUCGGUACUUCUACAUCACUGCUAUCUACCACUUCAGUGAGCAGCCAUGAGCGAGGCACCCCAGAAAGAACUUGUCCAGAGGGCCAAACUGGCCGAGCAGGCGGAGCGCUACGACGACAUGGCCGCUGUGAUGAAGAAGGUGACGGAGGAGAGCGAUCAGCUGUCAAACGAGGAGCGUAACCUGCUGUCGGUGGCCUAUAAGAACGUAGUGGGCGCCCGCCGCUCCUCAUGGCGCGUGGUGUCCAGCAUCGAGCAGAAGGCCGAUAGCAGUGAAAGGAAGCAGGCCAUGGUGAAAGAGUACCGGGAAAAGAUCGAGAAGGAGCUGAACGACAUCUGUAAGGAUGUGCUGGAUCUGCUGGACGGCCAUCUCAUCCCUAAAGCCACUGCAGCUGAAAGUAAAGUCUUUUAUCUGAAAAUGAAAGGAGAUUACUACCGCUAUUUGGCUGAGGUGGCUAGCGAUGAACUUAAGCCAGACAUCAUCAAUAAUUCGAAGACGUCCUACGAAGGAGCCUUUGAAAUCAGCAAAUCAGAAAUGCAGGCCACACACCCAAUCCGUCUUGGUCUCGCUCUGAACUUUUCAGUUUUCCACUACGAGAUACUCAACUCUCCUGAAGCUGCAUGCAGUCUUGCCAAAUGUGCUUUCGAUGAUGCCAUUGCAGAGCUCGACACACUGAGUGAAGAUUCGUACAAAGACAGUACACUAAUCAUGCAGCUGCUGAGAGACAACUUGACACUGUGGACCUCUGACAACCAGUGCGAGGCAGAGGAUACAGAGGAGCCCAGAGAUUGAGCCAGACCUCAGCCAUCCCUGUCUACCUGCCAUCACUCCAGCUCAUCUUUAUCUUGAUCAUUAACAAUGAGACCACUUCAUAAUUCAUUACUGUCAUCCAAGUCUCUCCAUCUUUUUUCUAUUAAAACUCAACACUCACCUCACUCCUAUAGGUUUACUAUUCCAUCUUUUGUAGUAACAAUAGGUAAAGGGGGUGGGGAGGGGGUUAGGUGGGUGGGGUGUUAGGGAAGAUUGGCUCCUCGGCAAUUCAGAGGCAGUAGCUGUUUUGGCCUGUACUUUAAAAGCGGAAAGACCGCAACGGCAAAGACGAAAGGUGUGACGAGGACUGCUGGAGAUGAAAGGCAAGGUUUUGUUGGAACACAAGGGUUACAUUCCAUGUACUGUCAGUUGCUCAACUUUUUACUCUUAUUUUCUUGUGUCUUUUUGGGUGACCUGCUGUUUUUAUUUCUAUGUUUGACUUACGAGGUAUAGAUAACUGAAGAACAGAAGAGCACACGAGCUUGGUAUUGUUGAUGUUUUUAUAAGCACAGCAGUAAAAACAAGUGCUUAUCUAUUUACUGCUUUCUCAAACUAAGAUUUUUAUCUUCUUUUUUUUUUUUGUAUUUUAUUCUUAUUUUCCUUUCAAUACUUGCCUAAACUGCAUGUGGGUAGGACUAGUUUGUGUGGAUGUAAGGGAGGUUGUUGGGCUGGCUAGCCUUGUUCAUGUCUUUGGAAUUAAAAAAAAAAACACCCAAGCAUAACUGUUAUUUGGGGGGAGAUAUGUAAUUUGAUGCAAGAGAAAUAAAAAAUAAUUUAAAACUUUAAA